UAUACAGGACUUUACUGACACGGAGAACUGAAGUGACAGCAGGACUCCUACACAGCCCGUCCCGUUCGAGAACAGAGAGCCCUAGGCGCGCCUCAGGUGACAGGGUUUCUCCAAUGGCGUUCUUACGAGGCACUGUGCUGUUCGCGGCCGGGCUGUUCAUCCUUGCGUCCGCAUUACCCGGCGAGCUGAGGGGGCAGAGGAGCCCGGUGAGCGGCACCGAGUACGGGGUGAAGCUGUGCGGACGAGAGUUUAUCCGUGCUGUCAUCUUUACGUGCGGGGGGUCCCGUUGGAAGAGGAUACCUGAGGAGGAGCAGAGGGCGUCCGGCUUCGUGAGGAGAGAUAACUUGCAGGAUUCCACUAACAGAGAAGUAAACCAGUUGAUGGUACAGGCACUUUUAGGAACUAACCUGGAACAGCUUCAGAUGCCUGAUUUUCACUUAAAACAAGAACAUUUAUCACAACAUCCCUUUAUCGCCUACGAUGAUUUCAAAGACCGCAUACCAGUAUCGGAGGAUUUUAGUGAGUACAUGCAUCAAGUGGAAGAUACAGAUAAAAAAAUUCAGCGUGAAUCUCAGAACAGCGGUACUCUAGGUUCAGAUCAGUUCCCCUGGACAACAUUCUCCAGGACAAGGAGAGAAAUAUCUGUUGGAGUGGCAGGCAUUUGUUGCAAAUGGGGCUGCACAAAAGCAGAAAUCAGCACCUUGUGCUAAGUGAAGAGAUUACUGAUGUACAUCACAUAUACCUUUUUUGUUUGCAUAGACUUAGAAUUGCUUUGAACUACAAACAUAUUUCACAAACACUGACUAUACAGAUUAUUUUGUUGAUCACUCUUUGUACUUUAACCAAGGGCCCAGUGUGGCCUAUACAUGUUAAAGGAUCCUUUUAUUUAUUUUUUUAAAUCAAUAUGUUAUUUCAUUCACUGUUUUAUAAUAACUGAACAUUCUCUAUGUUGUUGAAAUAUGACAGAAAUCAAGUUGGAUUUGAAAUGUGAGUUUAGAGCUGGGGAACUUUAUAAAUGUGUGGCUGUAGAAUGCAAGUUUAUUAUUCUGUUGAUGUAAUGUUACAGGAAUGCUGUACAGAGUAUAAACAAUAUAACACAUUGUGGAAUUAUUAUGUAGAUAAAGCAGCACAUAGAAGCAAAUACAACUUUUCGGUUCAUCUUCUUUGCAGUUGAAAAUAUGACAUCUGAUAUAACCAACAAAUACAGUGGGGUUGAUUUACUAAAACUAGCGAUUGCGAAAUCUGGAGUAGCUGUGCAUUGUAGCCAAUCAGCUUCUAAC